CCUUUCCCCUCACCCCACCCCAUAUCCUAAAAUACAAAGCAGGACAUUCCUUUGCGGCAGAGCUUAUUUCCUGCACUGCCAUUUCCACCCCCAUCUGUGGGUCCCAUUGCAGGAGGUGCAGAAAUGGGCAAUAGGAGCGUGAAGAUCCAAAUCACCAACAGCACAGGGGAUAUCACCCUGCGUUACCCCAGGUCCUACUGCUAUAGCGGAUACAGCUCCGAUCCCCCCAACACCAUCAUCCAACCAGGAGACACAGGAUGCUGCACCUUCAACAACACCCCAGCCCAUUUUCGGGGCAGCGUUGGCGUUCUGGUUUAUGAAGCAGAAACCUUCACCUUGGCCAUCCUCUUCUCCAACCCUUUCGACUACAACUUGUACAGUAUGAAGUUUGCUGUGGAGAUCUCCCCAGAGAAAGCCCACAUUGGCUUACUGGAAGACAUCUAUGAUAGGAUGUAUAGAGGUUUACCUGCCAGUUCCAACAAAAGUGGCACGUUCCAGUUUGUCAGGCUCAGUGCAACACAGCAGACCGUGAUCGUCUCUGCUGGUGGCACAAAGGUCACGGCCACCAUGUCCAGUGCUGCAAACUCCGUCAUUAAAGUAGUUGUAGAGAAGGAAAACCCUCCCCCAUAUUCAAAGGCAAAAUAACCCCUUGUCUUUAGGUCCUUUGACCCAAGGAGAGGGAGAAGACUGGAGAAGAAGAAAGGAAGGAAUGGCCCCCACAUCCAGUAGAUGCUGAGCAAAGAGGGCUGCCCUCAAAAGGCAAUGGCAGGAAAUCAUAGCAAUAAAAUGCAACUCAGAUAACCAUAA